CUGUCGCACGGCCAGGCGCUCGUUUUCGGGACCGUGAGGUUCCACAAUUGAGACAGUCCUGGCUUCGAGGGCAAUGUGCGCCCAUAUUCCUAGCCCUGCGCCCUUUGGCCGGCCCCUCCCCCCGUUCUGGGCGGUUCAGUGGGAGGUAGCUGAGCGGAGUGGCGGCCGGUCCAUUAGGGACACGCACCCGGGUGUAAUCUGGAGGUAUCAUCUGCUGCGGAGAUGGUGACCCGAGUGUACACGGCGUCCUCCUCCUGCUCCACCACGAUGAAAAAGCAGCAGCAGGAACUAAUACAGUACCUGGAAUGCCAUAAUAUCGAUUGUGAAAUAGUGGAUAUCACCAUGUCAGAGGAGCAGAAGCAAUGGAUGUACAAAAACAUUCCUAAGGAUAAGUGGCCGGAGCAUGGCAAUCCUCUACCCCCGCAGAUAUUUAACGAUGAAACGUAUUGUGGGGAUUAUAAUGCCUUUUUUGAAGCCAAGGAAAGUAAUACAGUUUCUUCAUUCUUACGGAUAAAGCCAAAAUAAACAGCAGCAAUGGCUGAAGAAACGAGGAAAGCAUGGAUGCGUUUUCAAAUAAAUGCGUAUUUCCUGUACAGCCGAUUCCAUCCUGUCGCAUACUGCAAUCUGGAUCCAUCCUAAGUUACAAGUAGCACAUUCCUAAUUGGUUCCUUUGUAUACAGUAGUGCAUCAUGUUGUACAGAAGUCUGCAUGUUCUUCAACCUACGGUUUCUUAUUUCUGUAAUGUUCAACCCCUUUAUAAUUCUUUGCUAAUAUGUUUUUUUCUGGAUAUAGAUUUAAAUAGGAUAGAUUAAAAUGUCCAAGCUUCAGCGGUGCAAAUGAAGAAAAUUGGCCACAAGGUUUACAAAAUAAUUGCAGCUAUAGUGGCGCCUAAUAAAUUCAAUAUCUCACGUC